GGGAAUGGCCCCCCUGGGGAGGUGCUGAAUGGGAUGAGUCCUGGGGCUCUUGGAACGAUGCUAUUGGUGGAAUCAAAAACAGAGCAAGAAAAAAGUGGUGCCAGAAAGAAGUACGUUCUGAAAAAGGUUGAAUGUGCUGAUGAAAACCAAGCAAACCAGGCCCUCAGAGAGGCCAUGGUAUUGCUGAAAGUGAAGCAUCAAAAUAUUUGUGCCUACAAAGAAUUAUUUAUUGUCUGGGACAACAGUAUUUCAUCUGUCUUCCUGUGUUUGGUGAUGCAUCACUCAGAUGGAGGGGAUCUUGCAGCUCUGAUCGGGGCAAAAAGGCAGAGCCAUGACAAAAUUCAAGACUGGAUGAUCCAGAUAUUUCUUGGGCAGAUGGUGAAUGUUUUGGUUUACCUCCAUCAGCAAAACAUUUUUCAUAGAAACCUCAAACCAUCCAACAUCCUUUUAGCCGGUGAAACCUCCUUCAUGCUUUGUGAUUUCAGCCCUGAAACCCUCAUGACUGAUGAAAUGAAAUGGAAGAUAAGAGUGGAAGAAGCACCUGAUCAGAAGUCCUGGAUGGCUCCGGAAGCACUCAAGUUUUCCUUCAGUGACAAAUCUGAUAUCUGGUCUCUUGGGUGUAUUCUGCUUGAUAUGCUUAACUGCCAUUAUUUGCAUGCAGAGGAGACCAUUUCAUUAUUGGGCAGAAUUAAGGAAAACAGUGUUAGUCUUGAGAACGCCCUAACGUAUAUGAGGCAGGAGGGAACACCCCUAUCUGCUAUUUUGCUUCUUAUGCUUCAGAUCCAGCCAGCAGAGAGGCCCACAGCCCAGGAACUUGUUAUUAAUCCAUUUGUUAAAGAAUGUUUGAUUCUAGCUCAGUCUCCCCUAAUUAAAGUGAAGAAGUCUCUUCCCCCAGGAAUAAUCCCGGUAAUCUGUGAAAGCGGAAUCGGUACUGUUCUAGAAUUUAUGCUGAGUUACCCAGACAUAGAGGAAGCUCAAGAAAAGGGUAUUGAGCGUCUUAAUACACUCUUGAAAGAUGCUAAAGCUGUGGGGAAGAACCUGGAUCUGGAAAUGCUGGCCAGCAGAAACACAGUUCAUUGCCUGAUAAACUCUAUGAAGGUGUAUUCUAACAAUGAAGGGCUGCUGUGGAGGAUCUGCACAUUAUUCAUGAUGAUGUCAAGUUCUGACGAGGUUGCAAAAAUGCUGAGAAAAGAUGGCCUCUUCUCAGAGGUUCUGACCAUUCUGAGCAAUUGUGCUCACAACGAAGAUAUCUGUCUUGCUUGCUGUGGAGUAAUCUGGAGUCUGGUAGCAAACGUCACUGAUGUGUCUGAAAUCCCACUGAAAUGUGCUAUUGAGAUUGUCUCUGCAGUCCUCCACAUGCAUCUUCAGCAUGGAAAAGUGGCGGAAUCCGCAUGCUGUGCUUUCUGGGCCCUGGCCCUUCAUGAUUGUGUUGAUGAAGCUAAUUAUGAACCCUAUUCCUUGCUCCUGCUGAACGCUCUGCGGCUGCACCCAGAAAGGCCAGUGCUGGCGAAGAACGCGUGUCUGGCUUUGGCGAGUUUGUUGAGGACAUCUGAACUGUCCGGUUUCCGAUUCAUUGUCACCGAUGAGAAGGGCAGUGGCAUGACUGUGCUGAAGGAGCUCUAUCAGCUGCACCGGGAGGACCCUGAAGUGGUAGAAGACAUUUGUGUGCUGAUUGACGAGAUGUUCAACUACGAUGAAAUUGUGGUGGAUAUGGUUUCUCAGAACAUUACAGAGAUUCUGACAGAAAUGAAGAACAGGUUUACAUCCAGUUUGGAGAUUGUUACCCUGGUAGACAAGGCCCUAUUCAAACUGCAAGGAAAAGGUUACCUCUCCUGAAAUGUGACGUUUGACAGAGCAAAAGGUUUCUGCAUUGUGUUCCUUUUGUCAGCAACAUCAAGAUGAGCAGCAACAAGAUUCUAAGGGAUUUCCAGUUCUGAGGAAUUUUGAUUUCUAUUUAUGUGUGUCAUACAAUGUUUCAAACUGUUGUCCAGUUAAUAAACGUGUAGCCAGUCUAGCAAGCCCAUGCGGUCUGUGGGUCAGGUGAUAAAGGGGUGGCUUUAGUUCAGAAGCUGGUGCUCCAAAGAGAUACUGAGGCUCAUGCAAAGGACUUGAAUUAGUCCAGUGAGAUUUUGGGCUUCUCUUUGAACCACUUACUCUGGGCCACAAUACAAGUGAACACUUGCAGUUUUUAAAAAGCUGCAACAAUCGGGACAAAACCCAGACUCCGUCACUUGUAUUGUGGUCCUCAUAUGCUGUAUCCAACUGCUUUUGAGCUUCUUGUCAAUUUCAGACAUGCACAUGGGCAGCAAGUGAGGCCAGCCCACCGCUUCACUUGAUCAUCUGAUGCCAGAGGACAAUAUAUUGUGCCGAAGCUGCUCCUCACCUUUCAGAAGAUUCACCAACAGCAGCUGGUAACUUGCCUCACUGGCCAAUAUCAGCAGGCUGAAGUGUACUGACAUCCCAGCAGGCUCCCUUUUAGGGGAAUGAGGUGUCUGAUCUGCACAGACUGAAGUAGCAAUGAUCCACAAAUGCUCCAAAGGGGAACUGAAUGCAACAGCAUGAACACACAAGGGCCAGCUGAAAGGCAUAGCACUGUAGGCAAAGGUAAGGCAUCGCUGCUCCGGGGUUGGCACAGCAGAGCAAGAGAUAAAUCAGGGCUCGAUGUGAGCAGCCAGUGAUCCUCUCCCCAGCCAGCUUAUUAGGUUUGUAGUGUCCUUAGGGAUGCAACCAUUACAUUGGAAGCUAACCAAUUCAGUCGUUUUUACAGAUGUAUGAGUAAUUGAAGAAC